AUGUUCUACCCAGCCGGUUUCAUGGACAUGGUCCAGAUCGACAAGACCAAGGAGAACUUCCGGCUGCUGUACAACACCAAGGGCCGCUUCAACCUCCACAAGGUGGCGAAGGAAGAGGCCAGCUACAAGCUUUGCCGCGUCAAGCGGGUGACCCGAGGCCCGCGUGGCGUCCCGUAUGCACAGACCCACGACGGCCGCACCAUCCGGUAUCCAGAUCCGGACAUCAAGGCUAACGACACGAUCCGGCUGGAUUUGGAGAGCGGGAAGAUCCUGGACCACGUGAAGUUCGAGGUUGGCAACAUGGUGAUGGUCAGCGGUGGAAACAACAUCGGUCGAGUCGGAACCAUUACGCAGCGUGAGAAGCACCCCGGCUCGUUCGAGAUUAUCCACAUCAAGGACGCCGCCGGGCACAGCUUCAACACGCGCCUGGAGAACGUCUUUCUCAUUGGCUCGGGCAACAAGCCGUGGAUCUCGCUGCCCAAGGGCAACGGCAUUAAGCUGAGCAUUGUCGAAGAUCGUGGCCAGAGGAUGAGCAAGUGA